AUGCUUGAUUUUUAUUGUUUUUCCAUUUUAAAUCGGGCCAAAGUAAACUUCAUCACAUUCCCUUUUUUUUCUUUUCUUUUUCAGGACGGCCGCACUUCUCUGGCUCUAGCGUCUGUAUCUUCCAAGGACGAUAUAGUGAAGCUUCUUAUAUCCAAGAAAGCUAAUGUUCUUAUCAGGGAUAAUAACGAAAAUAUGCCAAUUCACUGGGCUUGUAUGAAAGCGGGACAUAGUGGAAUAAUCGCAGCACUUCUGAAGGCAAUGGGUCCAGAAGGAACUCUCUAUUUUAAUAAGGAUGGAUAUGCACCACUGAUGUUGUCGGUCAUGGCUGGAAAUAGCAAUAACCUGAAAGAACUUUUAAAUCCCGGAUGGAAAGGUCAGCUGUCUUUAAAAACCAAGCAAUCAAAUGGUGAUACAGCACUCCAUAUUGCCUGCCGAAAGAAAAACACGGAUUUUCUCAAGUUGUUAGUUGAAGCUGGAACUCCAAUCAACAUAGUCAAUAAUGAUUUACAAACAGUCCUUCACUUGGCUGCGCACAUUGGAUGUGAAACAAUGAUGAAAUGCUUGCUGAAUCUUCGAGCAGACCCAAAUAUUGGAGAUAAGUUGGACAAAACUCCCCUCCACAUUGCCUUGGAGUGUGGCAACACAGACAUCAUGGACUUCCUAAUAGAUAAGUUCAAAGCAAACAUUAUGGCACGCGCCAAAGACGGCAGUACCCUGAUGCAUCUUGCAGCCACCAGUUCCCAAGCCAGUACAGCCAUGCUUUUUCUGAAGAGAGGUGUUCCGUUGAAUAUGGCAAAUAAGUCGGGCGCCGUGGCGCUGCAUAUUGCGUCUAUAAAUGGAAACGCCUCAAUGGUGAAGUCUUUAAUCCAGAAAGGAGCUUCUGUUGAUACAGAAACAAAGGAGGGUUAUACAGCUUUGCAUCUGGCAGUGCAACAUUCAAAACCACAAGUUGUCCAAACGUUAUUGGGAUUUGGAGCAAGAGUGGAUGUAAGAGCAGGCAAGUUACAAGAAAUGCCGAUUCAUCUGGCUGCCAAAAUUAAAGAUGCGAGCGUCUGCGCAGAAAUGUUGCUGAAAAGUGGAGCUGAUGCUAAUGUGAAGUUGGAGAAUGGCGAGUCUGUUCUCCACCUUGCAGCACGAAGUGGCAACACAACAUUGGUUGCAACUCUUCUAGAGGAAGAUUCCAACCCUACGCAAAAAUCAAAUUGUGGUGACACGCCACUACAUUUGGCGGUCCGUCAUUGCCAUCGGAGUACUGUAGCUUGCUUAUUAAAUUUUGUCUUCACUAAAAAAUCUCGACAAGAAGGAAUCAUGUUAGUCAAUGAGCGACAAUCAGAAGGAGAAACAGCUUUGCAUUAUGUUGCUGAUUUGGAGCCAAAUAAAGGCGAGGAUAUGUAUGAGUAUUCGGACAUUGCAAAAUUAUUACUUGAAUAUUAUGCAGAUGCAAGUUCUGUUACUUACCUGACGAAUGAAUCGGCAUUUCAUUUUGCGGCACGAUCAGGAAAUGCAAAUGUUUUGCUUGAAAUGACGCGGCAUAUCAAUCCUUCAAUGUUGAGAAAAUUGAUCAACAAAGAAUCUGCAAACGGUUGGUCACCACUAUUCGUAGCAAGCGAGAAAGGAAAAAAAGAAAUUGUAAAUAUCUUGCUGAAAAAUCAGGCUCGAGUUGACGUAUUUGAUGAGCACGGAAAAGCUGCCUUACAUCUUGCAGCCGAGAACGGGCAUGAAGAAGUUGCGGAUAUGUUACUCAAGAGUAAGGCAUUUGUCAAUGCUAAAUCGAAACUUGGUAUAACUCCAUUGCAUUUAGCCGCACAGAAUGGCUACACCAAAUUGGUCAAACUUCUUAUUGAAAAGCAUAAUGCUUCCAUUGAUGCUUUGACAUUGCCGUGCAAUUUAAUGUGUAAAUAUCUAUCUAUCUAUCUAUCUAUCUAUCUAUCUAUCUAUCUAUCUAUCUAUCUAUCUAUCUAUCUAUCUAUCUCAUGUUGUCUGUCUGACCAAAAAACAGCUCUUCAUAUGGCUGCACAAAAUGGACGAAUUGAUGUUUGCAACAGUCUACUCAGGAUGAACGCUAAUCCGAACGCCAGUGACUCGGACGGGCAAACGCCACUUCACUUAGCAGCGAAGAAUGAUUACCACAAUGUCGUGAAAUUAUUCUUAAAAUAUAAACCAGAAAUAGAGACCAUUAGUUGCAUGGUAAGUCUUUUGGGGGGUAAAAUUUAUUUUUUAUUGAAUGUAUUUACCAAUAAUUUCAAUCAUUUUUUUUUUUUUUGA